AUGACCCUGGCUUAUGUCCGAGGAGCCGGGAAUCUGGCCAAUUCCCGUCUCUUCGAGAACCAUAAACAAAGCCAAGGAUUGCUGUUACAUAAUGAUAAUGUUCGUGAGAGACAAGACAAAGAGCAGCUGGUGAAUAAGAAAGUUCUCAACUGCUUAUACAAAAAUCCUGAGGCCAUUUUUAAGCUGAUAUGCUUUCCUUGGGCGGGAGGUAGCUCCAUUCAUUUUGCCAAAUGGGGCCAAGACACUCAAGAUAGUCUGGAAGUGCACACCGUAAGGCUUCCUGGAAGAGAAAGCCGAAUUGGAGAACCUAUGGCAACUGACAUCUACCAGAUAAUUGAUGAAAUUACUUGUGCUAUGCUGCCAGUCAUCCAGGGUAAACCAUUUGCAUUUUUUGGCCACAGCAUGGGAGGCUACAUGGCUUUUAAGACUGCACUACACCUAAAAGAAAAGCAUAAUCUAGAACCAUUGCAUUUAUUUUUGUCAAGUGCCUUUUCUCCACAUUCAAAGGUCCACAUUGAAAUUCCCAAAGAUGGUGGACUGUCAGAAGAACAAAUUUGUCGUUACCUUGUGGAUCUUGGAGGCACCCCCAUGAAUUUUGUUGAAGACAAGGAACUUGUGCAACAAUGUAUGCCCACUAUGAUGGUAGAUGCGAACAUUAUUAGUAAAUGCAUCUCUGAGAGUCCAUCUAAGACUAUUCUUUCUUGUGACUUAACAUGUUUUUUUGGAUCUGAAGACAUCGACCUAGUAAAGGACACUGAAGGCUGGAAAAAUGUAAGCACUGGAAGUGUAAGCUUCCACAAGCUUCCAGGAAAUCACUUUUAUUUUAAGAAUCCUGCCAACGAGAAGUUCAUCAAGAACUACAUAACCAAGUGUCUAGAAGUAUCAUCGCUCACCGAUUUUUAGAUAUUUUUCCUUUCACUUUUAAAAUAAUCAAAGUGAUAUGAUAUUCUUCUCAGUUAUUCAGAUGU